AUGGAAACAGAUGUAAACGCAUUUGUCGUUCAAAAAGAAAAAGAGUGGUUUGAACAGAAUGUCUUACCGGGUUUUUGGGAAUCUGUAACAAAUGAAGUUAAAGAGGCACUAGAACUAGUUGAAGGGGAAACCCCUACAGUGCUUGUGUUCUCUUCGCCAAAGACGGACGUCGUGAAAGGAAUUGUUUCCAGGAAAGGAGCUGUGAUUGACCGUAUCAAUCUCACAAUAAAAAUGGGAAGGUCGACCCAUAUGAUCAAGCUGGAGGAACCUAAUACGGUACGGUUGGAGCAAAUAAUAAAUCUUGUAAAUUACCUGCGCUACUUGCUAUACGUUUUGCUACGGAUAAAAGAAAACGCUGGCCGUGCUGUACAACAACUGGAGGAAAUUUUACGAGCAAUUGUCUACUUGUUAAAUACAGAAGAAGAAACUUCUGGACCAUCUAAUCCAAAUUUGGUGUCUCAAGGGAGCAAUGUCUCCUUGGAAACUCCUUCUUCCCAGCCGUUACAGUCAAAUUCGAGUGGUUCAUAUUUCUCCCACUCUCAUCCCCCUUUACAUGUACAUAAGAGAGCUGCCAAUGAUCUGUUUACUCCUCCUUUACCGCCUAACCUGGCUCUAAGUUUUAGUGUAUCAACAUCUUCAGUAUGCCUUCACUUGUUUCGGUUGCUUGGCACAAACCCAAUACUUGAUUCUUUGAAAUUUGGAAGUCUUGAAACAAACAAUGCAUUGCCCCAUACUUCACAACGAAUUGAUGCGUUCUCCCAAGAUCCUAUUUUACUUGCUGUAACUGCAAAGCUUUCUGCUUUACAAAAGAAGGUCAAUGAUAUUUCCUACAGGUUGAAAGUUGUUUCUUCUUCGGUUAAAUUUGGAGGAACCCCAUGA